GUCUGUUUCAUCACUAUAUACUCAAAAUUCCGCAACAGUCUGCUGAUGAUUCUUUACUGAUGAAACAGACUGUUGCGGAAUUUUGAGGUAAGCGAUUUAAUCUUAAAAAUUUAAUCUUAAAAAUAUUACAUGUUGUGGUAGUAAAGUUUUUAUAUGUAUAUAUAAACUUUAUCUUUAAACUAAGAUUUCCGCCUGGUGUGUCAAUUGCCUCAUGUUUAUAUAUCAUUCAACUUUCUAGACACAGACAAAUCCAAAGAGAAAAAAACUCCUGAAAAAAAGUUUAAUUUUCGGGAAAGAACUAACUUGAAGGUAAAAAAUUAAUAUUGACUAAGCCGAUUAUUACAAUUUUAUCCAGUUUCACAAGCAUAAUUUACCAUUUAUAAUGUUAAGUAAACCAUAUUACUUUAAAUUUGAAUUUAGAGGAAAUAUCGAUCAAGUGUGUACGAGCUGGGCACUCUUAUUACCGACGAAGAAUCGCAUGUCAUUCCAAAACCCUUUAAGGCGGACAUAAAGGAGAAGAAAAAAAAACGAAAAGAAAAUGUAAACAAAAUGGAUGAAUGGACAUAUACGGCUGAUGGUGAACUGUGGACAAGAACUGCAACAAUUGUAGCCAAGAGGAACCGAAAAGUGACAACAUAUUCAAUGUGGAAGCAGAACAAAACUGACAACGAGGUCGGUGCGUGUGUGGUAAUAGAAAAAAAUACCAAAUUUUUCACCGAGUGGAAAAGCUUAGAAAAAGACGAAAAACAGGUAUACUAUAGCUGUAAACGAUAGACGAUAAGUGAUAUAGACAAUAAUUGGAAAGGUAUGUUAAGUUAAUCGGUAUAACGGAAACAAAUUAUCGUUUGUCUAGCAAUGGUAUUUGUGUACUCUUGCCACUUCAAUGCUUUUAGACUUAAUUAGUGAUUCAUAUACGUAAUAUUAAUUUUUUUGUUGUCUAUUGAAAAUUCGUCUCACAUUCUUUGAAAAUUCUUGUACUUUGGAAAUUCGGGCUCCGAGACGAUACGUUGUUCAACAUUUCCCAGAUAAGCACAUGCAUGUUGACUGAUUUGUACCAACGUUUUUUCACCGUUUUUGUAGCGCUGGAAACUACUUGCAGACAAAGAAAACCAGGGCUUUGAGUUUCGAUAAAAAAAUCUUUGGGAUGAUGGAUUUCCUGACAAAUGGAUGGCUUUCCUAUCGCGCAAUCUGUCAAAUGUCCAGUCUAAUUUGCGAAAUGCAAUUGCAGAAUGUGAGACAGGUUCUAGCAGAAAACCUGUUCCCAUGACUUAUCAAAACUUUGCUAGCGGUAUUUAUCAAACUUACUGCCGAAAUUGGUGUGACGCACCGGGUGAUGAUGUAUUCGUCGAAAUGAAUGACACUUUCUUUGCCAAAUGUGCAAUUGUCGUUUUGAAAGACCACGGUCUCUUCUCCACAUUUAUUCCAAGCUGGGUGUUAAACGUCGUGAAUGAGGAAUUUUUCAGUCUCCUACACCAGUACAUGAACUAUCUCACUGGCAAUCCACUUUCUUUAGUGCAACUAUGUAGAAAGGCUCUUUCAAGCAAUGGUUCGUCUCUACUAAUUAAUCUUUUCCGCACCAUUGAAAGGCAAGAUAUCAGAGAGUGUUUGUUUCAUAUGUGUUAUCCAGAGUAGAAUCGUCAAACGUAUAUAUAUAUACAUACCAAAUAUGUAUUUAGAAUCAUAUAUUAU